AUGAUUGUGGUCUAUUGGGUAGAGACUGGUUUCUCAACUCAAUGGUGCUUUGAGAACUUCAUCCAGCAUCGAUCGAUGAGACGGGCGCGGGAUGUUCGUGAUCAGCUCCAGGGACUCAUGGAGAGAGUUGAGAUGGAGAUUGUGAGCUGUGGUAUGGAUAGUGUUGUUAUUAGAAAGGCUGUAACCGCUGGUUUCUUCUACCAUACUGCACGCUUCAGUAAGGGAGGUAACUACAAGACAGUCAAGCACCAACAGACAGUCAUGGUUCAUCCCAAUAGCGGUCUGUUUGAAGAACAACCAAGAUGGCUCAUCUAUCAUGAACUUGUCUUUACAACCAAGGAGUUCAUGAGACAGGUGAUAGAGAUAGAGAACGGUUGGUUGCUAGAGGCUGCUCCACACUACUACAAGGCCAAGGAACUGGAGGAUGCAUCAAGCAAGAAGAUGCCUAAGGGUGUCGGCAAGUCAGCCGGUAGCUGAUCGGAGUUACAGAAGACUGGUAUCAUUGGAGGACUAGAUAUGGGGAUGAGUGCCGGCCAUCAUCUGGUAUCGUUGAGAUGGGACUCACUUAGAACAAACUAAAGGACAGACUUAUUCCAGUUAUGUGCCUUUCUCUUGUCACUCUUUGAGUCAAGGAUCAUCUAAGGAUCAAUUGUGUAUGUAUGGGGGUACCUGCCAUCACCCAUUUCAGAUCCGCUAGACCCCACUUAGAUUAAGCAAAAAGAUAUCUCCUAUUCCAGAUAUAGCGAGUAUACAUCUUUGUAUGGUCUCUUUCUGUCAAGCGUCUUUUGAAAAUCAAUUUUUGAUUGAUGAGUGCCGAGCAUCACACAAUUCGGAUUCAUUAGACCUCACUGAAAACAAAGACAUCUCUUAUUGCAGAUCUGGAGAGAAUUUAUCUGUAUUGUCUCUUACUGUCAGUCAUGAUCUUCAAUUAUGAGUAAAUGUUGUUGGCCAUCCUGUGGUAGAAAUGAGCUAAACAUCACUUAGAACAAGCAAAAGAACAUCUUUGAUUCCAGAUAAGGAGAGAAUGUGGCACUUCCUUAGCUUGCAAUCAAGCAUCGUUUGAUGAUCAAUUGUGAGUAAUGAGUGCUGGCCCUCAACUUGUAAAGCUGGACCUUCCUUUAGAACAAAAAGUGGGACAAAAUCUAGAGAGAAAUACACCUUUGUCUCGUCAUCUGAGGAUCAUUACGAGCGAUGUGUGCUGUCCCUCAAUUGGUAAGAAUACCUUUGUGAAGGACUGUCAAAGCAGUUUCACAUUGUAUCGAAGGUGAUAGGCUAGUGAUGGUUGCCUAGGUGACAGGAAGCUCAUUUAAGGUGCAUUCCUGCAUCUACUGCUGGCCGUCACUUAUCCAAGAUGUAUUAGUU